AUGGCGGCUGCAGUGUGUGAAUUUGAGCCGUGGUUAAGUGCAAAGUUAAAAUCUUUAAAAACAGAUGAAGGAGUUUUUGGGCACUACAUAUCCAGUAUAUUAGAAAGCGAGGAAUCAAUUGAUGAAAAGAAAGAUGCUCUAGAAGGCAUACUUUCUGAAAUUUUGGAAAGUGAUAUAUCAGUACAUGUUAAUGAAAUAAUAGAGAAAUGGGAGUCGUGUAAACCUCAAGAAGAAACGCUGAAACCAGUGGCGGAUGUAGAUGUUCAGUUGGCUAAGUUGCUAGAAUCUCAGUCUCUUGCAACGACUACGCGGCGAGAAUAUACUGAUGAGGAGAAAAAAAUACGUGAAGCAAUUCUAUCUCAAUACAGUCAACUCUCCGAUAAUGAGGAAGAUCUGGAACAUGAGGAAGUAACAGAUAGCACUGAUUUAGUUAAAAAUACAAAUGCCCUAGAUGUGGCUGCAGCUGCAAGAGAAAGAAGAGAACAAGCGAGGCUUGAAGCACAGCGUAAAAAAGAAAAAGAUAGAGAAGACAGAGAAAAGCAGAAACAACUGAAAGAAGAAAAGAAAGAAAAACGUAAAACACAAAAAGGUGAAAGGAAGAGGUAG